AGCUCCGGUGUUGCCACACAGAGCAGCCAUUCAUCGGCUCUACAGUCAGCCACACACACUCCCAUGUUGAACCACUGGACAUCUAAAUUGGUAUAACUGUUUUUGCUGAAGCGGAUUUUCAGCCGACGGUGGAAAGGAUUUGGACACUUUUACGCAGAAUUAUGGCUUUGCCCGAGAAGAAUCAGCAGUAAGGGAUCGCCGAAGACUCCGGACAUCAUAUUCAAUUGAAACGAAUCAAUUAACCCACAGUGAACAGUUUGGACUCUCUAUAAAACAAGUUUUGCAUUCGUUGGCUGGUUGUCUUAUCAUUGAAAGUUAAAAAAAAAUGUCCGGCGAGGAGCACAGCCUGUCCGAGGCAGAACUGAGUCCAGGAGGUUCAGACGAUGGUCACUCGCUGUCACCGACUCAACCGGGAGCGCCACCGCGCCAAGACUCACCCCUGACCGGGCCGCCGCAGCAGCUGACCUCGCUGUGCGUCGCGGACGGCAGCGAGGAAGACGGAGGUGACAGAGCCAAAUCAGAAAUGGAGGAUGAUCGCUUCCCGAUCGGCAUCAGGGAAGCGGUCAGCCAGGUGCUGGACGGAUAUGACUGGACACUAGUGCCUAUGCCGGUGCGCGUAAACAACGGAAACAAAGCUAAACCCCACGUAAAGAGGCCCAUGAACGCCUUCAUGGUGUGGGCGCAAGCGGCGAGGAGGAAGCUGGCUGACCAAUACCCCCACCUGCACAACGCGGAGCUCAGCAAGACCCUGGGCAAACUGUGGAGGCUGCUUAACGAGAGCGACAAGAGGCCAUUCAUCGAGGAGGCGGAGAGGCUGAGGAAACAGCACAAGAAGGACUACCCGGAGUACAAGUACCAGCCUCGGAGACGCAAAAACGGCAAACUAGCGCCUGCCAGUGAGUCAGACAGCCAGGGGGAAGGGGAGGCCAGCCACUCCCAGUCACACUACAAGACCCUGCAUCUGGAGCACAACGGCGGGGCUGGGUCUCCUCUGGGUGACCUGCACCAUCACCACCAUCACCACCACCAUCCUGCUGGUCAGGGUCACAGCCCGCCCACGCCCCCCACCACCCCAAAGACAGAGCUCCAGUCUGGGAAACUGUCAGAUGCCAAGAGGGAGGGGGCAGCAGGAGCGGCCGGAGGAUCAGGGGGGUCCAGGGGAGCCCUCGGGGUGGGAGCUGAAGGGGCAUCUGGGGGUCCGUCAUCAUCAAGCUCUAAACCCCACAUCGACUUUGGCACCAUGGACAUCGGCGAGAUCAGCCACGAGGUGAUGUCCAACAUUGAGCCAUUUGACGUGAACGAGUUCGACCAGUACCUCCCGCCAAAUGGCCACCCUCAGAGUGGAACCGGGGCCCCCUCCGCUGGGUCCUCGGCCUCGUCUUACGCAUACGCCCUGGCUGCUGCUAGCGGCCACUCAGCUUGGCUCUCCAAACAGCAGCAGCAGCCUCAGGCCUCUCCGUCUUCCUCCGACCCCUCCAAGGCCCAGAUCAAGAGCGAGUCAGCGGCGGGCAGCCACUACGCCGAGGCCUCGUCCUCUCCCUCCUCAGGCACCCAUGUCACCUACACCCCUCUCAGCCUCCCCCACUAUGGCUCCGCUUUCCCCUCGCUGGCCUCCAGAGCUCAGUUUGAGUACGGAGAGCACCAGGCCCCCGGCGCAUACUAUGCCCACUCCAGCCAGGCCCCGGGGCUGUACUCAGCCUUCUCCUACAUGGGCCCUACACAGAGGCCUCUGUACACUACCAUAGGAGACCCAUCCAGCGUGGCCCCCUCCCACAGCCCCACACACUGGGAGCAGCCUGUUUACACCACACUCACAAGACCUUGAGGGAGACCAGCUGAGCAGAGGGAAAUAUGGGAAGUGUGUGAGUGGAUCUGUGUCUGUGCAAACAUGUCAGUGCGUGUGUGUGUUAGUGUGUGUGUGUGCCCGUGCCAUAUUGAUGUUAGAGGUUUUUACUUUUUUAGCCAAUAUAAUGCAUCCACGGGGGCCUUACAAAAAAAAAAAAAAAUAGCCACAAACUCACACAACAUAAAGUGUGAAUCAUGAGUGAACUGCCAAUCAGAAAUUAAAUAAACUUAACAAACGUGUGCCAUCAUAAACUUUAUUUGUCGGGAUGUACAGC